AUGGGGCGUGUGGCCACAGCUGGGGCCAUACUGGUGGCACUGGGAGCCCCAGGGCUGGAGGCGCAGAGCUCUGGGCUGUUUCAGGGGAUGGUUAAGUCCGAGUGCUACUCCAUUAGCGACACCAACCGAGUGAGGUUCGUGGAGAGGAACAUCUCCAAGCAGGAGCAGUUCCUGCACUUCAGCAGCCAUGUGGGGGUGUACGUGGGGACAUCUCCUUUGGGACAGCUUGCCAGGUACUGCAACAGGGACCCGGAAUGGAUGGAGUACACACGGGCUGCAGUGCACAGGCACUGCCGGCACAACUAGGAGCUGCCCAGACCGUUCCUCGUGGAGCGCAGAGGUGAGCGUGGGGCAGAGCGUGUCCCCUCAGGCCCUGCUCUGGGAAUGACCCUGGAGCCCCUCAAAACCUCCCUGGGAAUCACCUGA